AAAACAUCAUUGAGCAGCACAAACUGAGUGAAAAGCUGCCAAAGAGAAGUACAUUCUAUCUACCAGAGCUCUCUAGUCUAUGCCUCUAUUCUCGCACUAUGGCAGACGUAGAAACCAAAUCAAAGUCUCCUGAGCAGCACCGGGGUAUGAAGCGUACGCACGAUCAACAACGCAAUGAUACAGCAAAGAAAGCAGACCUAUUACGAGAGCCGACACCUCCUCCUCCGUCACCUCCACGAAAACGAAAGCGUCCUACCGGCGCAGCGCGUAUCAGCCGGACGCAGAUUGAAGAUGCGCAAAGAAAGGAAUUGCAGCGCGAGCGAGCGCAACAGGAUCCCUUAGCCCCUUCAGCAUCUGUUUCGGAUUUUGUCAAGCAAUCGUACAACGCGGUACCUCAGUAUGGACGAGAAUGGCGGCGGACGGAUUCAAGCAUCAAAGGCCUGCGGUCUUAUAAUAACUGGGUAAAGAGCGUGCUGAUCAAGAAAUUUUCACCUCAGAAGCCAGGCUUCAAGAUUUUGGACAUUGGAUGUGGCAAAGGCGGGGACUUACAGAAGUGGAGACAUCAGCAUCCCGAGCUGUACGUGGGCUUGGAUCCCGCCGAGGUGUCGAUUCAACAAGCUGCAGGCAGAUAUAGGGAGAUGAGGCAAAAGUCGCGUGGCAGGUUGUUCCAUGCCGAGUUUCAAGUGAAGGACUGCUUUGGAGAGUCGCUGCAAGACGUCAACAUAGUGCGAGAGGUCGGCUUCGACAAGAGUUUGGACCCUAGAUGGGGCGGUGGAGGCUUCGAUGUUGUAAGCAUGAUGUUUUGCAUGCACUACGCCUUCGAGAGCGAAGAAAAGGCCAAAAUAAUGCUCAGGAAUGUGGCAGGGAGCUUGAAGAAAGGUGGAAAGUUCAUCGGGGUGAUUCCCAACUCUGAUGUGAUCUCUGCGAAGGUACAAGAAUAUCAUAAGGCCAAUGGAACUGCUUCUUCUAUUACUGCGAGCCGGAAGCCAGAUCAAGCAGGUGAUGAAGAGGAUGACAGACCAACAUUUGUGGACAGCGAUGAUGAUAGGCCUACAUUUGCCGAUAGUGACAAUGAGUGGGAUCCCGAAAAGCCUAUAGAGGCAGCGAAGGACGAAGCGUCCGCACAAAAUGGCUCUCCGCUAGAAGCUAAUGGCACUGCCCAUGCGAAAGAUGAAGUCUCUAAAAAGGAUGACAAGCUACCUGAAAAACCACUUGAAUGGAGCAACUCCAUCUAUCGGGUUCAAUUCCCCAGUCGCACCCCUGUUGAUGGCGUCUUCCGUCCGCCAUUUGGUUGGAAGUACUUCUUCUUCCUCGCUGAAGCUGUCGAUACUGUACCCGAAUAUGUGGUUCCUUGGGAGUCUUUCCGUGGCCUUGCCGAGGACUUCAAUCUCGAGCUCCAGUAUCGCAAGGAGUUCAGGGAGGUAUUCGAGGAAGAGAAGCAAGAUAGGGAGUUUGCUGAGCUAGCGGAGCGGAUGGGUGUGAAGAGCAGAAAUGAUCAACUACUUGUGGAGAAGGAAGAAAUGGAAGCAGCGAGCUUCUACCAUGCGUUUUGCUUUUAUAAGGUUUGAAGUCCUUUGGACAUAUUCUGGGAGAUCAUGUAGGGCCAGGUUCAUGAUUGGGAAAACAUCUUCAUCAUCUUCGGACUUAUCGCCGAUCAGAUACUUGCAUCAUAAUAGAGGGACGAACCCAAUCGAAUGAGCGUAUAUCUUGUCAUGAACAUCGUGCAGCAAAACUGACUGCUUGUGCAUGAGCCUUUUGAGUAUUGUAACAAUG